UCUUCACCUCGCUACCUUGCAUGCCAGUCUGCCCGGAUCACUCAUAUCAACAGUCAGAGAUAGCAAAAAUGACCAGCGUAAAAGAGAACGGAGGUUUCAGCAGUCAGUCACACAAUCCCUCAAGAGGGUACCCCAGCAUGACGCCGGCCAAGAGGGACCUGCUCAACCCCAUCGACACAAAGGUGGACCCCGUUGACCAGAAGGCCAAGACAAAUGAGAAAGAUCAGAUGGUUGGACUGAAUGAUAAGUUCGUUGCAUUUAUUGACAAAGUGCGCAACCUUGAGCAGGAAAACCAAAGGCUCGAGGCCAAACUGAAGAUUCUCCUGGAGCAAGAGCAAUACAAGGGCAACAUCGAUGACAUCGUAGCCGAGCUGAGCACCAACUUGCGCCGGCAGAUCGACAGUUUGGACCGGGACCAGCAGAAGCUGGCGGCGGAGCUGGACCGCAGUCAGGAUGAAGUGGAUCAGACCCGUAAUAAGUUUGAGGAAGAGCUGCAGAGGAAGAUAGAUGCAGAGAACGACUUUGUGAUCAACAAGAAGGACGUGGAUGAGGGCUACCUACAAAGAGUCGAACUUGAACUGGACCUCGAGGAGCUGAUGAAUGAACUGGAUUUCCUGAAACGGGCUUACAGUGAGGAGAUCAGAGAGCUGGAAUCCAUGAUCGUCAAAGAGAAGAUCCGGCUGAAGGCCAACAAUGGCCCUGACCUAGACCUGGAUGAGAUUGUAGCCUCCGUGAGGAAACAUUAUGAGGACAUAGCGGCCCGUAGUCGGGAGGAUGUGGAGCAGUGGAACCAGAAGAAGAUGGAUACUUUGGUUCUAACGGCUGGGAAGUAUGAGGAUGACCUGCGCGAUGUCAAGAAAGAGAUUGCUGACCUACUGAGGCAGAUCCAACGGCUGAAGCAUGAGCUCGAAGGACUGAAGAAAAAGAAAGAUGCCCUGGAGUUAGAGAUCACCCAGUGUGAGGACCGGAGCCAGGAGAGCAUAGCCAAGGGACGCGGCCACAUCGGGGAGUUGGAGGGGGCCCUGCGCAAGGCCAAGCAGGUGAUGGCGCGCCAGGUGCGAGAGUACCAGGAGCUCAUGAACGUCAAGCUGGCGCUGGACAUCGAGAUCGCCACCUAUAGGAAGCUCUUGGAAGGAGAGGAGAUGAGGAUGAAUGGAUUUAGGCGUGAACAGUUGGAUUUCUAAAAACAAACCCAAACAUUCCCACCCGUCCUUGCUCACGCAGACGCCCUGACCCCUGAACGAUUCCCUCUGGAAAACGGCUACACGCAACACUCUCAGCCCACCGACAAGCCUGAGCCCAAGAAAAGCCUGCUCGUCAAAAUCGAGGUGAAGGACGGCCGGGUGAUCUCGGAAAGUUUCACUGACUGAUUGACGAGACCCCGGUCCCAGUCCCCAUCCACGUAUUGAGGGGGGAAAAAAGAAUCAUUGUCCAUCUCAAUUUGAUCUGUGAACGAGCUGUUGCAAAUGUGUGUUAGUGUGUGCAGUUUACCCCUAAAAAUGUGAGCAUUGAUGGUUUGCGUCUGUUCCCCGUUCCCCCCAAUUCUGACCCUGUCAUGAAAUCAUGAAGAUUUCUUUCAUGAAUGUCUCUGCCUCAUCUGUUUUUGCUUACCAUUACUAUUACAGUUUUUGGAAACAGAUCUGUUUGCAGUCUAAAACAAUAAAUUUGCUUUUGUCUUAAACCA